CGAUCGCAGCAAUCGGAUUAAAAGCGAAACUAUAUAAGGCACAGGCAUCAUCCUCAACAUCCACAGCCACAAGAUGAAUCUUUUGACCAGUGCGAGAAGCCUCCAUCUGCUGAUGGUCUUGGCCGUAAUCUUGGUUGCCCACAGAGCCGAGGCGGGCUUACGUUUGCGGCACACCAGCCGAUCGGCCACGCCUCCCGCCAGCACUACGCCCACCGUGACAGUGAGCUCGGAGGAGGCGCCACCCCAGGAAACCGUGGCGGAGAGUGCUCCCGCCGCCGCUGAAGUGACCGAGCCGGAAACGGAAGUGGAGGUCACCACCGGCAAGCACAAGCGCGGCAUUCUGCACGGCCACGCCCACCUGCACGGCCAGUGGCCCGCCCGCACGUAUGCCUCCCACUACGGCUACAGCCUGCAGUUGCCCGGCGGCAGUGCCUUCCUGUCCGCCGCUCCUCCACAUCGCCACUUCGUCAAGUACGGACACGCAGGACAUGCAGCGGUGAAGCCGCUCACCCUGGUUUCCGGUUCCGGUUUGCUGCCCGCUCUUGCCCCGGCUCCCGCCGCCCUGCUGCCCGCCGUGGGAGCUGCCCUGCCCGCCGUGGGAGCAGCCCUGCCCACCGGAUUGCCCGCUGGACUGCCCACUGGUCUGCCCGCCGGAGUGGCCAGCGCCAUUCCCGCCGGAGUGGCCACUGCCCUGACCACCGGCGUGGCCACCGCCCUGUCCACCGGCGUGGCCCCACCCUCGUACGUCCUGCGGCCCGGCAACGCCCUUGUGUCCUCGUACAGCGUUAACUACCCGCACCAGCACCUGCAGAAGCCAGUCCACUUCCAUGCUCCGGCCCACGCCCAUGUGCACGCCGUGCAGCCAACAUAUGUGCAGGCCUUCGCUCCAACUGCUCCCGCUGUGCCUGUCCAGCCUGUCCAGGCCAUCCAGCCCAUUCAGCCGGUGCAGCAUCUCCAGCCCAUUCAGCCUGUGACCCAUCAGUACCAGCCCGUUCAGCCCCUGCAGCCAGUCGCCCCUGUCCAGCCAGUCCAGCCAGUCCAACCCCUGCAGCCAGUGACCCCAGUGCAACCCGUACAGCCCAUACAGCCCGUCCAGCCCAUCCAGCCCUCUGUGACUUUUGGGGUUCCGGCACCACCAGCCGUUGAUCUUCCCGUGAUCCCCCAGUUCCCUCAGCAGCCUCAGUUCCCGCAGUUCCCCGGAGUGCCCACCUUCAGCUUCCAGCCUGCCCAGCCAGCGGUGCCUGCGCAACCCGCUGUGCCCGCUCAGCCCGCGACUCCGGCUGCUCCCGAGGCCCCGGAAGCGCCCCAGGUUCCUCAGAUCCCUCAGAUUCCCCAGAUUCCGGCCAUACCGCAAAUUCCUCAGUUUCCGGGACUCCCCCAGUUCCCCGGGUUCGCCCAGUUCCCCCCGAUUCCCCAGUUCCCCCAGGCACCGGCCAGUCCCUCGAUUCCCCCUGUGCCUGCGGUGCCAACGGUUCCGGCAGUUCCCACCUUUCCCAGCCCACCCACCAGCCAGUUCUUCCCGGCUGCCCCCCAGCCGCCGCUGCCCCAGCAGCCACCCACUUUCGGCCAGCCGGAGCCACAGUUCCCCGGCGGAAUUGUACCGCUACCGGGAUCCUCGCCCGUGCAGCCAGAAUCCGGUUCGGGAAUAGCCUCGCCGCAGAUUCCGCAGUCGCCGGAGCCGGAGAAUCCCUCGGAGGCGGCACCCCAAAGACCACCCAGCCAGCAGCCAUGGAAGCCGGUCUUCUAUCAGCCACCCACCGAGUCCGCGCCAGCCUCGCCCAAUCGUCCCUCAAUCACUCUGCAGCCGCCCUACGGAAGCUCGCCAGCCGAAGGCUACCUGCCACCCGUGGGAUCGCAGCCGUCGGCCCUGAGCUCCAGCAGCGCCGGAGUCGGCAGCCAGGGCGGCAUCUUCGACCAGCUGAGCGACGCGGAGCUGGAGCACAUCUUCGCCCAGGCCAACCUGGCGCAGCAGCAGCACCACAAGGGCCACAACUACCACCACUACUGAGCACGCCUCUUACUUAGGGAUCUGUUAAUUUUUUUUGUUUUUUUUUUCGCCCUGCUUUCGUUUAUGUUC